AUGGGGGUGGGGGUGGGGCAGGACACCAAUAUGCUAAACACCCACCAACAGUUGGUCAGGACCAGGUCGAGGAGACCAGGGCAGGAACCCCGGCUCCAGGCUCCAGGGACAGCUCCGGGGCUCCUCAAGCUUCUCUCGGGCACCCCCCGGGCUGAGCAGGGGAGGCUUGGGAGUGGUGACAGUGUAACUCAGGACCAGCUGCAGCGAUCUCAGAGCGCAGGGCAGACAGUGAAGAAAGACCGGACCUCCAGGACCCGGAACAAGAAAGGGCACAGCUCUGCUGAGGUUGAGGAUCUCUUCCCCUGUCCUCGGAAACCCUCAUUCCCUUUCCAGUGGGCCUGGGAGAGCAUCGCCAGAAAUGGCCGAGCUACGCUUCAGCCUGGCUCCCCCUCGGCCCCUGGCCAGCAUGCCCUGCCCUUGGCAUUUGCAUCCCCCAAGCACAAGUCCAGCUGUAAGUCCACUGCCAACCUCCUAGAGGCUCAUGGCUUAUUCUGGAAGAUGAAGACUCGAAACCUGGAGGGAAGUCAGCAGCUCAGGACCUGGAGCUGCGUCUCUAUCCCUUCUGGCCAAGAGGAGGGCCAGGAGCUGGAGCUGCCCCAUGAGUGUGGCCUCCAGCCACCUGGGAAGAGGUCAGGAUCCGGAUCGGAGUCGGAGGAGGCUGCUGAGCCAGAAGCCCCCAGUGCUGAGGAGGCUGAGAGGGAUCUGAGCUCUGGGGAACUGCCCCAGCUCCCCAGGAAAGGGUCGGUCCCCAAAGAGAAAUGGUUUGCAGAAGCAACGGAAGAGGGGGAGGAAGAAGAGCACAGGGCCCCCCACAGAAGGAGGGCGGGGGCUCGGAGAAAGGGGUGGAAUUCCUGCGAGGAGGCCUCCGAGGAGGGGGAGCUGCAAUGCCAAGGGAGCAGUGCCAGCUCCAGCCCCUCUCAAGGACCACGGAGGAGGAAGGCAAGGGCCCCGAAGCUGGAGGGGACGUGGGACCUGGAAAAGCUGCAGCAGCAAUUACAGCAAGACUUGGACUGUGGGGUAGGUCCCAGAAAGCACCCCUUGAAGGCUUUGCCGGCUGCUGUCCAGGCCUCCAACAGGAGCGGGAGGGCCUGUGCCUCCGGAGAUGAGGAGACCCUCCUAUUUGUCAACCUUCCUAACCGUACCUUCCACAAACGACAGGAGGCCACCAGGAGCCUGCUGCAGGCCUGGGAGCGGCAGCAGCAGGAGGAGCGGCAGCAGGCAGAGCUGCGGCGGGCCCGGGAGCAGCGGGUCCAGCAGCAGGUGGCCCACUGCCUGGCGGCCUAUGCACCCAGAGGGAGUCGAGGGCCGGGGGCCGCCCGGCAGAAACUGGAAGAGCUGAGGCGCCAGGAGCGAGAACGCUUUGUUGAGUACCAGGCUGAGCUGCAGGGCAUCCAGCACAGGGUGCAAGCCCGGCCCUACCUGUUCCAGCAGGCCAUGCAGGCCAACGCCCGGCUCACCGUGACCCGGCGUUUCUCCCAGGUGCUGUCAGCCCUGGGGCUGGAUGAGAAACAGCUGCUGGCCGAGACAAGCAAGGGCCCCUCCAGGAAACCCAGGAGGCACAGGUCAACAGAGAGAGCGGAGCGCUCUUCUCAAAGCCCCCCAAGUAAAGAACCCGUCGGCAGCCAGCCUGAGAGGCAGUCCACCCCAAGCCCAGACUGGAAAUUCAGUACCUUAGAUAAAAAUUAAAGGCUUUAUGAAAAA